AGUUUAUACACGAACUUUGGUGACUCAGAUCGCCUGGCGGUAUCAGUUUCGGCAUAUUGAAAACAGUUACAUUAAUGUUGAUUAUGAUAAUUAUAAUGUCUACUAUUGUACAAAAAUAUGCUCGUAAAAGAUAAUAUUUUUUAGUUUUGAACUGGAUUAAUUGAUGAUUUGAACGUAAAAUGUUUGAUAGUUUAAUGUAAAAUUUUUGAUGGCUUUGCUAGUUAUGAAAAUUAUCCAGCCGAAUACAUUUCUUUUACAUUGAAAGUAUUUUGUUGUUUUUCAAUUUGCUAUUUUCAUCGUUCCUCUCUUGGCUUGUUGAUAUUUAUUCCUCUACGAAAAGGAGAUUUUUGAUCAUCCAAAAUGUAUGAGGAAAUUUUUAACGACGUGCAAAAAGUGAAGGACGAAUUGAAAAAAGCCGGAAGAAGUGACAUUCCUCCAACAAAAAUAUUUAAUCUAUUAGAAAUUUUAAAAUCACCAACAAUUGUAUCGCAGAUAUUCUUGGAAUCGAAAGAAUGUACUGAUGGAAGUUCAUCAACGAAUGCAGAUUCAGAAAUUGAUCUUUUAUUAACUUCGAGUAAUUUCAAAAAUAAUCAGAACGGAAAUGACAUUCAGGUUCUCGAUGAAUUAAAAAAUGAGACGAAAAGUCAAAUAACAGUUGAUUUGACGAAGGUCCCAGAAAAAAGUGUUUUGAAAAAAGAAUCAAAAGGUGAAAAUAGUAAUAAUUCCUGUGAAUUGCUAGCAGAGGAUAGUUUCGAAGAUAUUUUCCAAAAUGAGGCAUCUAACGAUACCGACGUUGAUAAUUAUUAUACAAAUUCGGACUACGAUGAAGAUGAAGAACCAGAGGAGAAGAAAUCGAAAACUGAAUCACCUCCUCCAAUUUUAAGUAUAUUGAAAGAUUUAUCGGAAAAUCUUAUUUUGCCAGAGUUACCCACCGAGCCUUCAUUUGCAAACAUCAGAGAAGCUGAGAAUCUGGAAAUUUUCGAAGAAAAUAACAACGAUCCUAAUAAUAAUAAUAAUUUGGAGGAAAUUCAAGUAAGCGAACAAAUUCGACCGCAGAGUCCAGUGGCGGGUUGUAGUCGAGAUUUUAACGAAACGGAAGCCGAGAGAUCAGUGACUGAGAUUAUAAUGUCGAUCGAAGAUUCACAACCGAGUUGCAGUAAUGUUAUUCAACUAGAAGAAUCCGAUAGCGAAGUAGAGGAACUCGAGACUCAAGUUUCUUUUCAAGUGGACUAUGAAAAGUUGUUACAGGAAACAGAAGCGAUCAAUCAAUUGUUUCCCGAUAUAAGUGGAGAUGCGAUUUUUUCAAUGCUCGACAAGUACCGAAAGGCUUCGAACAGGGUGACAAUAGUUUUGUGGGAUUUGCUGCCAAGGGACAAACCCGAACCGAACAUUCCGGAAAAGGCCAGGAAACGAAAAGGGGAAAACGAACCGUGUCCUAUUAGAGCGAAAAAGAAUGGGAAUUCGUUCGCCUCGUCGAAAAUCGACGACAAGACAAUGAUUAGAAUACAGGAAGUCGUGAGAAGCAACGAGAAAGCUGAAACUUUUGAUUGUUCGUCGAAUUCUACGGAAAAUGUUCAAGAGAAGGAAUCGAUCGACAGAGAGAAGAAGAAGGAAGUAAUAAAACCAGCUCAAUUUUCAUUUCACUCGAAUAUGAUUGGAGGAAAACCAACUGAGAUUGUUAUUAGGAAGAAAAAUAUUAUUUCCGCACCUAAGCUUAUUUUAAAUACUGAACAGUCGAACCAGUCGAACCCGUCAGCUAAACGGAAAAUAUCAUCGCAACUAACGAGAGAAAUUUCCGAAGAGGGUUUUAUUUCCGAAGGAAGUGAUAAUAUGAAUACGCUGGCGAAUGCAAGGGUACAAAAUCUCCAUCAGAAGAAAAUGAAAAUUAAUCUAGACAGUGCUGCUUUGGGUAGUAAUUCGCUGGCGGAUGCAAAUCGUCUACAAAGUCUCUAUUUGCCGAAUCAGAAGAAAGACACUUCUGCUUCGAGUAUAAAUUCCCCAGCUGAUGCAACUCGACUACAAAAACUCUAUUUGCCGAAUCCGAAGAAAAUUAACAGUAAUUUAGACAGUUCAGCUUCUAGUAAGAGACCAAGAAGCAUGGAUAUGUCUGAAACACUAAAAGAAAAUUACGAAAUUUGGUCGAAAUUUGCUUUCCCUCCUUUUGACAUUGAUCUCGAUCCCGAGAAUCUCGAAAAUAGCAAUUCGUCCUCAAAAAGUAGUUCAAGUUCGAAAAUACUUACUGAUCCCGUCGCAAUUUCUGCUCAAAAAAAGAAACCUCCCUUAAAACUCGAGUACAUGAAACCAAAUCAACAAAUUCAAUUCUACAAAAUGCCAACAACUCAAUCACUCCAACAAACUUCACUACCAUCGACAAGCACCGGAAGUCCACUAAAUCAUCAAAAACAGCUACAAAGAAUAUCACCCAUUCCUUUAACUGACCCCAGUCCAAGCUCUUCAAAAACUGAUGAGCUUUACUGCAAAGACACUUAUUACAAACUUCGGAGCAUGUUUCCAAAUACUGAUCCUACUUUCAUAAGGGAAAAAUGUAUAAAUCCUCCUUUUAAUAGAACGGGACUCGGCAAAGAACAACAGCUACAAAUGUUCGUCGAAGUACUAUUGGCCGAUGGGUCAAAUCAUCCAAUCGCGCAUGAAAUUAAAGACGAUCCGGAGGACAUAAUUGGAAACAAGGACGAACAAUAUGAGACGCUAUUGGGAAUAUUCCCCGAAGCGGAUCCGGAAUAUUUACGAAAAUUUGUCGAUGAUAACUACAAGAAUCCGGAUAGUUUGAAAUCUUUUAUACAGCAGAACUUGGAGCGUCCUGAAUAUCCAACGAGAGCACAAUAUUUGGAGAAAAUUAAAAUCAACCAACAGAUCAAGGACUAUACGACAAAUUUCAAAAUUGAGAAAUUUUUGCAAAUUUUUCCGAAUCCGGUCGAGCAUUUUGAAAAUCCGGCGAGAAACUGCACGUAUAAGCCGAUUGCCAAUGAAUUUCUGAAGGAAAUCUUCCGUAAGCAUAAGGUUGCAACGAUAAGUCAAAUUUACAGAAGAAGAAAUCACCAUUUAAGUCUUGCGGCAAAUGAUUUAAGAAGUCUUUGUGCUGAUAUGAAAGGGAAGCGAAGCAACUACGAAAUGCCGACGCAGGACAUUCCCUUGCUUCAGGAAAUGGCGUACAUUAGACACAAGACCGAAAUUGUAGCAUACAUUGAGAAUAUUAAGAAGAAGGAAAUGGAAGAUUUCAUAAAGUUGAAGGAGCAAGGAGCACUACUCGAGUGCCAGUGCUGCUUCAACGAGGAAUGUCUGCCCAAGAAGUGCGUGACCUGUGAAGACGGACACGUCUUCUGUCACACUUGCGUCCUAAGGGGUUCUGAGAGCAAAAUUGGAGAUGGACAAAACCACAUAGACUGUUUUGCGGAGUGCGAACGAGAGUUCAGCCUCUCGGUGCUUCAAAUCGUUUUGCCUCCCACGACGUUCAGCAUUCUUCUGCAGAAGAGACAGGAAGCGGAAGUAAUGGCCGCUGGCCUGGAAGGACUGGUGUCAUGUCCAUUCUGCCACUUUGCGUCGAUACCACCACCGGAGACGAAAGUCUUUAAAUGCCUCAAUCCUGACUGUAUGAAGGAGACGUGCAUGUCUUGCAAGGAAUUAAAUCACGUCCCUUUAAGAUGCGACGAAGUCAUGAAGGAAGAUGAAGCCCGCCUUAAGCUCGAGGAGAAAAUGACAAAAGCUCUGGUGAGAAAUUGUUACAAGUGCCAAAAGCCCUUUUUCAAAGAAGAAGGCUGUAAUAAGAUGACGUGUGUUUGCGGCGCCUCGAUGUGCUACUUGUGUUCCACGCCUCUUAAAAACGGAGAUUAUAAGCACUUCAACGGUCAAGGAUCAUCCAAUUCUGAAUUGUGUCCAUUGUGGAGCGAUAACAGGCGUAUGAAUGCCGAAGCGGUACGGAAAAUAGCAGAGGUGACGGAAAAUGAAUUACGAAAGAAGAAUCCCAACUUAAAGUUAACUGCUGAAUCUAUAUUGCCUGCAUUGCCGCCCAAAACGAGAGGACCGCAUAAUGAUAUUCCAAAUGCGGAUGUAAUUCCUGAGCACAUCAUGCGAAUCGCAAAUAACCCAUAACAGCGGCUUUUGUAAAACAGUUUUUAAGUGCCAAAGACUUUCUCAGGUUUGGAGAGUGUAAUAUAUUCUAUUCUACAUCAUUUACGUUUUUUUUUAAAUAUAAAACAUAUCGUUAAUUUUUUUUUACGAAAUUGUCAAAGAAUAUAUAACAAUAAACGCCGAGAAGAAUUAUUUCCUGCAGUUUGAAGUUUACGUUUAUAUGAGCAAAGUUAAUUUUAUUCAAAAUUAAUUACGUUUCUGAAAAAACAAGAAGAUAAAUGCUUGAUACUGUGAUAUAAGUGUACGUACUAAAGCAUUCUAAAGCACUGAGAAUUAGUUGUCCAAAUAAGAAAAACUUUUCCAUGAAGUCAAGUUGUAUGAUGGAUUAAAAAAAAAUAUUAAGUGCUGUCUGUAUCAAAAUUUAGCUUUAAAAGCGAAAGUCUAAAAUUUUUUUUCUAUUUUAUAACUUUAUGUAAUCAGCUUCAAAAGAUGAUAAUAUGCGUGUUGUCUUCCAUGAAAUUAUUUUUUUAUUAUUCGUUAGAAAUUUUUUGUUACCUGAUUGACAUAAAUUUUUGGAUGAGAAUAUAAGACAUUCUGCAGAAAAAAAGAUAAAUUUUAUGAAAUAUGGUUAAGUGUAAGUAACUUUAUAAAAUUCGAGUAGUUAAUGAAAAAAAUGUCUAUGCAGUAUAUCGAGAGUGACUGUUAAUCGAUAAUAGCAAAAAGGUCUUGUAUCAGUCUUGCUAUGCUACUUUUAAAUUGAAUGAGAAAAAAAGCUGAUGCAUUUACUUAGAAUAGUGAAAAAGAUGUACCUGAGAAUAACUAAAAAAAAAGUUAUUUUCCUAAACUAGUAUUCUUUUGGAAAAGAACGAAUUAUUCGAUUUUACGUGAAUGAAAGAUGAUUAACACAAAACUCAAUUAAUAAAAUUUACAUAUACAUGUAAUUUUAAUGCCAUAACUAAAAAUAUAUAUUUAGUUUCUUGUCAUGAUAUUUAAUAGCAACUUGUAAAAAUGUUUCCACUGUCUGUGCUUAACAAUAUUGGUCCGAAAAUAUGUUUUUCUGUCCUCUGUAUUACAUAUGUUUUGCGAAUUUUAUUUUACCAAUCCGCGAAAUACUAUUAUAAUAAUAAUAAUUAAAAUAAGACAUUCUUAUGCAGUGCAUUAUUUUAGUUUGAUGUAAGAUAAAUUUAUUAUUUGUAAAAACUAUAUUCUAAAUAAUUUUUCCAAAUUUUGUAUACAGUUAAUGAUAAUACAUUUUUAUAAAAA